CACGGGUGGGCGCCUGUGACGUAGGGGGGUACCGGAGGGGGGUGACCGUUCAGUCCGCUGAGGCUCAGGCACGUACCCGCCCCCAUAGCGGGUUCAGUCCCCGCCCCCAUAGCGGAAACAAGAAAUGUUAGCAACUUCUGAGAAAGAGAUAUCAGAUCAUGUAAAACGUAACAUUAUCAGAAAAAAAGUUUUUCCAUUCUAAUAAAGAAAAUAUGGACACUGCCGGAGUGACACAGCUGCCUGCACCUCCAACCACCACUGACAGUGUAAAGCAUUCCUGCAGGAAGCUUAGUAGGCUACAGGUGUUUAUCCCUCCGCCACUCGCACCAUGAAACGGGUUACAAGCAAAUGUAAUGAGCUGGGACUGAGUCCUAUUCCAAAGCUGCCCACCGUCACUCCCAGGGCUCACCUUGGAAGACAGCUCACACAACAAUGAGUGGCAAAGUGCUGGAGGUCCUGGAGCCGAGCGAGGCAGCACAAUCUUGCACCGACACACACAACGCAAGUAGUGAUGAGAGCAGAGUGCAGAGUGAGAUAGAAGAGGACCUGGUUGACCCGUGUAAGGUGUAUGUGUCAAAUCUACGGAAAAGGGUCACGGAGCGCAUGCUACACGAGGCGCUGGCACACUACGCUGCGGUGGAGAAGGCCGUCAUCAUCAAGGACAAACACACCCGGCGGAGCAAAGGUUCUGAACCGUCAAGGUCAAGAGUAACGAGGAUGUCGAAAAUGUGUCGGCGCUGGCAGACGCUGCUACACUGGUACCUCUCCAAGAUGACCCGCCUGGAGAUCAGUGAGGAAUCUCUGGGCAUAUCACCUCCCUUCACCAAGGCCAUUGUGUCCAAGCUUCUCACCCUUUGUGGCCCAAGCCUUAGGUCCCUCAAGGUGCAGGAUGUGGAUUUCGCCACUCGACAGAAUAUCCUCCAAAUUGUCGGUCAGCUGUGCCCUCACCUGGAGCACCUCGACGUAACCAAAGCCAGAGGGAUCAACUUCAUCCACAUCUCCAGACUGGCACAGGGCUGCAAGAACAUCAAGGGUUUUGUGGCAAGGAACUGCAUUGACUUUGAUGAGAAGGCCCUCCACCACCUCCUGGCCUGUUACCCGCAGCUGGAGAAACUGAAUGUGUCUGGCACCGCUAUCAAUGGCAAGAACUUAAGUAUGCUGCCCACCACCCUGAAGGAACUGUACUUCAUGGGGGAUGUAGACGAAAAGGCCAUUAAUAGGAAAAUAGUACUGAUUGCAGAUAAAUGUCCAAACAUUGAAGUUCUGGACACACAUUGCAGAAUGUCUAAAGAGGACUUGGAAUACUUAGGGAAGACUUGCCACAACCUUGCCAAGCUGGCUUUGGUCAUGCCCGAGAGUGAUUUCACCAAUGCCUUGUCCAAUUUCAAGAAACUCAAGGAACUCAGGCUGGUGGUGGCCGUUGUGGACUUGGCGCAGGUCUUCACUAGCCUGCCACAGCUGCGAGUGGUGCAUGUGACAGUGGGUGACAUAACCAGUGAGGAGGUUGAUUUCUCCAUCCUUAAGGAACUGAAGUCCUUGAGCCUCAGCGCUACGCAGCUGAGCCAGGCGUCCCUGCAGUCACUUGCUAGAUGCAGCCACCUUGAGGCCAUCUACCUGUUCAAGUGUCACCCUUACGGGGAUUUUGUGUUGGACCUCCUUAAGGGAUGUCCCAAGCUGAAGCACGUGACGUGUCCGUACCAGCAAUUCUCCACGUCCUUCGUCACCAAGGUGGAUCAGAUCAUGAAGGGGCGGCCAGGCAAGGUUAUGAUAAGGGUGCAGGGCCCUAAGAACCUCAUGCUGAGUACCCAGUAUGACAGGAGCAAGAUUGAGUUCCACCAAACAUGUACUCUCACAUACCUGCCUACACCCUUACAAAUCUGAGUGUGAUCCAUGACCAUCUCUUUGAGGCAGCAGUGAAGAAUUUGCCAGGCUCAGAACUCUCCUGAAGUGUGUGUAUGUGUGCAUAUAGUAUAGAUUUUUUGGGGGAGGGGGGGAGGCAGUAAUACCAAAGCUAUUUUUGUAUGUAGGCUGUAUACUCCUUUUUCUCAGAUUGCUGAUAAAUAUUCACAAAUUG